AUGAAGGCCUUUGCUGCCUCAGCUUUGGGUGCCGCGCUCUAUGCGGCUACCGCCUCUGCCAAUCCCAUUGAGGCAUGCCCCAACGACAUCUGCUUCAGCGUUGCCGUCCCCCAGGCUUCCGCCAGCUCUGGCUCCGGUAACCUGUACUUUCAGAUGAGCGCCCCUACCAGCUAUCAGUGGGUUGCCCUCGGUACCGGCACGUCCAUGUCCGACUCCAACAUGUUCAUCAUGUACACCGAUGGCGCCGGCAAUGUCACUAUCAGCCCCCGUACUGCCCGUGGCCACAGCAUGCCCACAGUGUCCCAGAACGGUGCCGACCUCACGCUCCUGGCUGGUUCCGGUGUUGUGAACGGCAAGCUGGUCGCCAACGUCCUCUGCACGAACUGCGCUUCUUGGAGCGGUGGCUCAAUGUCCUUGAACUCGGCCAACACCAACUGGAUUGCGGCGUGGAAGUCGGGCAGCGCCAUUAACUCGGCCAGCAACAGCCAGAGCAUCCAGCAGCACGACUCUCACACCAGCUUCAGCCUCGAUCUGUCCAGGGCUACCGUCCAGUCCGAUAGCAACCCGUUCACCGGAACCAACAAUGGUGGCAGUGGCAGUGGGAAUGGGAACAGCGGCGGCGGCGGCUCUACGAGCGGUGGCAGCGGCAUUGUAUUUAACGGUCGUGGCAAGUCUGCUAUCCUUCUCGCCCACGGCGUCAUAAUGUCCAUCGUCUUUAUUGCCUUGUACCCUCUUGGCGCCAUCCUCAUGCCCCUUGUGGGCAAGUGGAUGGCACACGCCGCAUGGCAGUCUGUUGCGUUCGCUCUGAUGUGGGCCGGCUUCGGCACUGGAUAUGCCUAUGCCCGCGAUAACGGCUAUCUGUUUGAGCAAACUCACACCCUCCUUGGCACUGUGGUUGUAGCCGCCUUGGCCAUCCAGCCGUUCCUUGGAUAUGCUCACCACGCGUACUUCAAGAGGUUCCAGACCCGCGGCAUUGUCAGCCACAUUCACAUCUGGUACGGCAGAGCUCUCAUAGUUCUUGGCAUUAUCAACGGCGGCCUCGGCCUUAAGCUUGCCAACACCCCUAAUAAAUUCGUCAUCGCUUAUGCCGUUGUUGCCGCCAUCCUCGGCCUCAUCUGGAUUGGAACUGCUGUUUGGGGCGAGACGCGCAGGUCUACGCGCAUCAAGCAGGAGCAAAGCCACGAGUCCGCCGAUUCUCAGCAGCGCAUCCCCUACCGCCAAAAGAAAUAG